AUGGCUACAGAGGCGACUCGCGAGGCGUUCGUGGAGCUGCAGGGGCGACUCGUGGAGACAGACAGCAAGCUGAAGCAGGUGCUGGGGCAGGAGAAGGCGUGCGAGGUGGACAUAUUCACGGCCCGAACGACACUGGACGAGCUGCAAGAGCUGCCCGCGGAAACAAACGUGUAUCAGAGCAUCGGAAGAGCGUUUGUGCUGCAGCCACUAGAAGAGGCGAGGGCGACGGAAGAGGGGAAGAUCAAGGAAGCAGAGGCCACCAUUGCGUCGCUGCAG